AUGUCGUUCGCAGGCGAUGCUGCCUACGCGCAGCUCAUCGCGGCGCUGGAGAAAUCUGACCGGCCAGACACGCAAACACAGAAGGAUGUGGCAGACUUCAUCACACACUUCGAGUCCACGCAGCGCUACAGUGUGCUCUACUUCCUCGAGGCCGCACUGACGGCGCCGGCGCUGCACGUGCGCCAAAUGGCGGCGCUGUGCCUCAAGAGGGCGAUAAACGUGCGGUGGGCGGAGCUGGAGCCGGACGUGAAGAGCCACCUGAAGAACGGGCUGGUGCGAGGCAUCCAAAUCGACGACUCGGAUGUGAGGACGGUGUUCGGUUCCGCGUUCGUGGCGCUCUUCGCCGUGGAGGGCUUCGAAAACUGGUCGGAGGCCCCGGCGCUGCUGCUGAAGCUCGCAAGCGAAUCCCAGAACCGCAUCGUUAGGGACACCGCGGCGGGGACGCUGCUCAUGCUCGUGGAGGACAUGACCGCCAACGAGCACAUGCGCGAAAAUGCGUACGCUAACGCCGCUGGGAGCGAGCGGCUGACUGUGUUUGUCACGAAGGAGCUGCUUCCACGAGUGCUGGAACAGGGCACAAAGAUGCCGGAGGCUCUGGUCUUCACCUGCAGGCUGCUCUACACUCUGAUGGACCACAAGAGCCUGUCGGCGCCGCUGUUCGAGGAGCACUUCGCGACCUUCUGGGGGCUCAUGGGGUCGGUGGCGCACAGCCGCGACCCGUCGGUGCGCAAGUGCGUCAUCAAGGGCAUGAUAGAAACCUGGGACCGCCAGCCCAUGACCAUCCUGGACGCUAGCGCGGCCGUCUUCUCGUUCCUGAUAGAGUGCAGCGACGAUGUGAGCGACAACACGGUGCAGAUUGAGGCGCUCGGGUUCUGGGCCCACAUCCUCAAGAACAGGCUGGAGGAGCCGGUGAGGACGCGCCUGCAUAACGCCCUGCGCAGCGUGCUGCCGCGACUCAUCCCCGUGCUCAUAGAACACACCAGGUACACGUCCUGGGACUACAUGUCGAUGGAUGAGUCCCACCUCGAGGAGGAUAAUGCGAGCGUGCCGGAUCGCGUGGAGGACGUGCCUCCACGCCCCGAGGGGGAGAUGGGAGCGGACGAGGACGAGGAGUCCGCCACGUGGGGGACCAACUGGACCACCAGGAAGGGUGCAGCGCUCGCGCUGGACUAUAUCGCACAGGUCUUCGGGCAGGACCAGGAAAUCUUGCAGUUCGUGCUCGACCUCAUCGAGAAGCGCCUGGCCAACGACACGGAUUGGGAGGUGCGUGAGUCCGCCGUGCUGGUUCUGGGCGCGAUUGCGAGAGGGUCGGCGUAUGCGAUGGCGCCGUUGCUGCCGAAGGUGGUGCAGUACCUGAUCGACCUGACGCAGCACCCGAAGCCGCUGAUGAGGAGCAUCGCCUGCUGGUCGCUGUCGAGGUUCGCCGACUGGUUGUGCCAGCCCGCGGCCGACGACUCGGAGCAGCCCUGGCUGCAGCCCGUGAUGAACGCGAUUUUCAGCCGCGUGCUGGAUCGGAACAAGCGCGUGCAGGAGGCCGCGUGCUCGGCGUUGGCCUCCUUCAUCGAGGGCGGCGGAUGCCAGCUGCUGCCCUACAUCCAGCCCAUCGUGCAGACCGUGGUCAAGGCGUUCGAGUGUUACCAGGCGCGCAACCUGAUGAUGCUAUACGAUGCAGUGAGUACAUUAGCACAGGUGUUCGGUGAGGCGCUCCCGCAGUCAUCGUGCGGCGCGUACUUGCUGCAGCCGAUCAUGCACCGCAUUGGCACCACGGAGACGCAUUGCCCUCAGUUCCUGGCGCUCAUGGACUGCGUGAACUCGCUGGUGCAGUGCUGGGAGCUGAUGUACGCGCCGCACGCCGAAGCCACCGUCCGCCGCGCCAUGACGGCGGUGUUCGAGGUCCUCUACGACGGCAGGAACUUCGAACUCUCCGACGGCGCGACCGAGAUGCCGCGCUGGGACGUCAUCGGCUGCUCCGCGGAGGUCAUAUCCACCGUCGUUGGUGCCAUGCAGGAGCAGUCCGCCGCCCUGAUGCAGCAGUCCUUCGUCACGCUGGAGCCGUCGGUCGCCCAGAAACUGGGGAUGGACCGGCAGCAGGCGGGAGUCGUGGAUAUGAUUGUCCUCUGCUGCCAGUGUCCGGCCCCCUCGGUGCUGCAAAGCGUCUUCGCGUUGGUGGGCGACCUCGCGUGGCACUGCAGCGCGCUGGUGGCCACCGACGCCAUUAUCGCAUCCCUCAGCGUCCACGUGUCGUGCCCGUCGCGGCUCGUGUGCAACAACGUGUGCUGGGCGCUGGGCGUCCUGGCGCAAACCCCGCUGGGCCAGCAGCGCCUGGAGCCGCACUUCCACGAGAUCUUCACGAAGAUGGUGGAGCUGGUGAACCGCGAGAAGGAACACAUCCUCAUGCAGAACCUCUGCGUGUCCAUGGGCAAGUUCGCCAACACGUUCCCGCAGCUCACCGCGCCGCUAAUACCGCACUUCAUUAAGCCGUGGUUGGACUUCGUCUCGCAGACCAGGAACGACCGCGAAAAGGCGCUCGCCCUGUCCGGCGUCGUGAACGCCUCGUGCCUCAGCACCGACGCGUCCGCGGGCGACGUGCAGCUGGCGCUGGCCAGGGUGUCGUUGGACUUCCCGCCGUGCUGCCCUGAGCUGGAGGCAUCGCUGCGGGCGCUGGCCCACAGGCUGUCCCAGACUCCAGAGAAGUGGCAGGCGCUGGGCGAGGCCGGGCAGCAGCUCCUGCUGGAGCGCGCCUCCGCCAGCCAGUAG